GCUGCUGUUUCCUUUGGAUUCCGUCAUCACAGAUGAGCCAUUCGAAGAUUUAGUAUUUCUGGCAAAAAUCUAUUUACAAUCAGAAGAAGCCGAACGAAUUGUGCUAGUACAAAUCCUGAAAAAAGGCCCCAAAUCGCUGUCAUAUAUCGGAACAACCACGUCGCGGGCUGGGCAACACGGAGUUUGUUCACUCAUGGGAUCAGUCAUGGAAGCUGCGAUCAGAAGCCGCAGUUCGAAUCUUGCCUUGCUUCUGAUUAAUUAUGAGAUCAACACCUCGCGCGCAAAGAUCACGAAGACGGUCCAAGGAAAGAAGAUGGAGGACGUCAGGUUCUACGAUGUUCACUUCUGGAGGCUAGCCGUGGCUUUUGACGACAUGGAGACCCUAAGCGCACUUUUGGAUGCCGCAGACCGAAGAAUACCAUCCAAGGCCCUGGGCAAAAUUCUUCUAGAGGCUAUCUGCGUACCACGCCCAGAAUUACUUCAGUUGCUUGUGGAUAACCAAAUGCCCCAGGGACAGGAAAAGGUGAUCCGAAGCACUUACUGCAGGAUUGACAGUAGGAAUGACAGGUUGAAACAGGUCAUAGAUAUGUGCCUCGAGGAGGCUAUCGACCAUGGCCAUCCUGGGGUGUUCAACGUGCUCGCAUGCACGCCUCACGCUAUUAGAGGAGACUUUUACCGUCAUAGCUGGAAAAAGAAAUGGGGGUUCGACCCUUCGGUUCAGUCGACAUCGGAUGACUGUCGUCCCGCCAGGUCGCUCGUUGAGCACGCUGCUAGUUGCGGAGAUGAGGAAAGUAUCCGCAACUUACUUUCCAAAGGAGUCGGCCCCUAUGGCCUUAGGAACGACGUAAAAACUCACCACUGGUUGAACCCAUACCACCGUCUCAGUCACUUUCGUGGUCUGAUGCCGAUGAUCGCAGCCGCUCAAGGCCGGCAUGUCGGCGCCGUACUUGCUCUAAUCAGGGGACACUUCAAGUGCAACGAUGUCAGGUGGCUCUUAAUCAUCGGAACAGUCCUACAAAGCAGAGACAAGCAGCUACUCCACAGUCAACGAAUCAACUCGAAACUAUCAGCUACGUCAAAGAUUGAUGCAGACAACGAGGAGCUGCGGGUCCAGCGUGACAGAGAUGUCAAAUUCUGGCAAGAGUUGAUCGACGCAGGGGUUCUGGAUCUGCAACAUUUUGCCAAUGGAUGCCAAUGUUCCGAAACACCAAUGGCAAUGGCGGCAACUCAUCCCACUCGCGUCGCAAUCGAUGCUGCCAGAAAAUUUGUCUGCGAGGAACUCGUUAUCCCUUUGGAUGCCGAUUACCGCGGACCCAGCGACCAUUCAUACAUGGGGCGGUAUGCCCGGCAAGUCACUGCGAAAUCAAGCCCGGAGACAGGCACUCUCUUCGCUCUAGCAGCAGAUUAG